AUGAGUGGGCAAGGCGGCAGCAGCGACAGCACAAUGCUCACGCGGUGCUUCUUUGUUGUGCAGUUUCUGGCCAGCCUUGUGGAUUCCCCGGCACACUGCCUGGACGGCGCGGCGGUUCGGAAUGCGUCAACUUGCGCAAACCAACACGUCGAUCGCCGCAGAUGCAUGCAGUCUGCCCUUCCUGUCUUGCUGCCGAAAGAUCGACUUGGUUCAACUAUUGCGCCUGCGCUGUCCCCAAGUGUCUACGCUGACUAUCAACUGGGUCAACAAACCUUUGUCAAGCCCAACUUCGUGACGUCAUCAGCAUCGGAUAUAAAAGGCUCCCAGCCACAGCGCAGCUUCAGUGGGCAAGGCGGCAGCAGCGACAGCACAAUGCUCACGCGGUGCUUCUUUGUUGUGCAGUUUCUGGCCAGCCUUGUGGAUUCCCCGGCACACUGCCUGGACGGCGCGGCGGUUCGGAAUGCGUCAACUUGCGCAAACCAACACGUCGAUCGCCGCAGAUGCAUGCAGUCUGCCCUUCCUGUCUUGCUGCCGAAAGAUCGACUUGGUUCAACUAUUGCGCCUGCGCUGUCCCCAAGUGUCUACGCUGACUAUCAACUGGGUCAACAAACCUUUGUCAAGCCCAACUUCGUGACGUCAUCAGCAUCGGAUAUAAAAGGCUCCCAGCCACAGCGCAGCUUCAGUGGGCAAGGCGGCAGCAGCGACAGCACAAUGCUCACGCGGUGCUUCUUUGUUGUGCAGGUAUGUUAUUUGGACAACGCACAUUGUAUCCGUUCAAAUAAUCGUUUCUUGCUGCUGCUCGGUUGCCCACAAACCGUUGUAUCUCUAUAUGUUCCAUUUAUGCUCAGCUUAUGUACUGCGUCAGUUGUCUGUGCCUGA